UCAUAGGUUUGAAAAUCACACAGAUGCUGCUGACAAUGCCCAUUUGCCACACACAUGUGACAAAACAACAACUAAAAAAACAAGAAAGUCAGAAAAAAAAACAUCUGUAUGGAAGUUAAUCAAACCUUAGUCAAACCUUAUUAGGUUUCGUGUUGGGAAAGCUUACUCACUUCUGCAUGAAUCAUACAGUGACUAAGUAGAUGCUGAGAGAGAGAGAGAGAGAGAGAGAUUGAGAGAGGAAAGAACCAAACCAAACCGAAAGCAAGAGUCCGGCAAAUAUAUAAACUGUACAUGAGCCUCACUACAGCAUGAAGGUAUCUGGCUCCUGUUUGAGUUCACUGGUCACUGCUCCUACAAGAUGGCUCUUUGGUGGCAAGCUCUCCUCCUCCUCUGCUGGACACUGAACUGUGUCAGGUCCUCUGCUCCUUCUCCACUCAUCCAGAGGAAUAAAUACAACAACUCCUUUCGUCUCACGAGGUCCACUCGAACCCGCGUCCAGCAACUGCAGAAGAAAUACACGGAGCAGCAGUUGGGAAACAAGUAUUUUGAGGACAGAGGCCGUCAGUUGAGGGAGCUGCCGUCGCUUUCUACAGAUUUCUACAGCUGGCUGACGCUGACGGACUGGGAUCGGCUGCACGCUGCUUUCUGGGACAUGCAGGCCUACUGGAAUAUGCUGGAACAGAAGAGAAAACAGCUGGAGAGACAGCAGAUUGGGGGGCAGGCGCUCCGCAGCACUUUACCUCAGAGCAUCAGGCACAUUCAGCUGGACCUGAGGGACCUGAUGAGCCAAGUCAGCAAUCAGAUGAGUUACAUGCGGAGCUCUUGGAUGAAGCCAACCUCUCCGACAGCACGGGCACCCUUGCGCCCAGAGAACAGAUCUCAGACAUUAUGGGACAGUCGUGUGGAAGGUUACGUCAUUCUGAGGGAUCUAGACCUUUACCUCACCAAGCUGGCAAGAGACUUCCUCCUGCUGGCUUCAAAAACGCACAUGACUCAGCAGUGAAAAGCAGAGCGCUGGGUCCAUGCCGACGUGCACACAUAAUGAUGAAAAAGGCUGAACUGACAAUCAGCACUUGAAGGGAAAUUGUGAUUAAUUAUUUUAAUCAGUGCUUUAGAAGGUGUUGUCAACAGUCAGCAUGGAGCUCUCUCUCUCUUUUUUUUACAAGAUGUUUUACU